AUGCACAAAUCGGUCCUUGCAAUCAUCGCCCUGGCCCUUAUUGGUCUCACUCACGCACAAGUGGAAUCCAGUGGCGAUUGUCCAUCCGACGUGACUGUGCAGAGCAAUUUCAAUGUAUCUGCGUAUCUAGGCGUUUGGUAUGAGUAUACUAAGUAUCCUGUUUACUUCGAAGCCGAUGGCAAGUGUGUAAAAGGCGAAUAUACGCUAAAGGACAAUGGUGAAAUUGGUGUUGUGAAUAGUAUGAUUAAUGUGACCAACAACGAAUACUCCGAAACUGUUGGUUACGCCGUCGAAGUUGAGAAUGCCAAAUUGAAGGUUAUAUUCCCCGUUUCUUCUGACUACAACGUAACUACAAACUACUGGAUUUUGUCUACCGAUUACGUUAACUACAGUGUCGUUUACUACUGCCGACCUGCCGACGACAGUUCGCAUAAAACAUUCGCUUGGAUCCUAACCCGUGAACGAAGUCCUUCGGAGGAGUUUAUUACAAUAGGUAAGGAUGUUUUGACACAGAACGGAGUUUCGUUGAGUGAAUUGGUUGUCACGGAUCAGAGCAACUGUGAGGCGGCUGCGGACAAUUGGUCUUAAUUACACGAAGGAUGUGUCUCAAACGAAUAAUU